AUGACCCAGCUCGAGGAGACAGACUCAUGGAUGAACGAGUUUGUGGACUUGGACACAGCAGGCGGCGAGUGCUUCGUUUCGUUCGAGAAACCCCCGGCUGGCUACCGCGAUGGUAUAGCUCAGACUCUGUCAAACGCAGGUGCAGUCAUAGCCAGGCCGUUUCCGGGCCUUGACGUCGAGCACCUCGAGAAACCAAGACGAAUGGAAGACGUCUCUAUGAACCGCAAUCACUCAGAUGACUACUCCAUUGAGGAAUCUGACGAAGAGGAGAUGGCUCAGCUACUGGUCGCCGUGGACGACAACCCUGCACCCAUACUUCCCUCGGGCGUGGUUCGGAAGAUGGAUCAGGACUCGAGAUCGGUUGAGAGCUCCAACUCAAAGCUUCAGUUCUCUUCCUCUGGCGUAAGCAACUGCGAUAUCUCACAAGCUGACUUCUCGGAGCCCGAUCUUCUUGACGAGGAUAUCGACUGGGACGUGGUCACUGCCUGCGCAAAGGAAGCGACUUCGAGCCCCAUGACAAAGCCCCUUAUUGAGGCUGCCCGUAUACGUACAAAGAAUGCGUUAUCGACUCCAGCCCCAAUCAUCAGGCCCCCCUUUCCCUCGAAGAUGAGAGAUCGCUCCGUCAUCGUUGGACUUUCCUCUGUGAAAAUGAUGCGCACCUGCUUCAGGAUUGGAGAGCUCCUGAACGCCCACGCCAAGUGCGCACGAGAGAAGCAAGACGUGGUAUUGGAAUUGUUCGCGAGGGUGAACUACUCCAACCGGGAGACCUCCGCAAAACUACAGCACUUUCAGCUACGGGACCUUUUCACUGACAGAGAGCCAUAUCUGAGUGGCGCCUUGAGGGGCUGGAAGCUCCAUGGCUCCGUUGACUACCAGAGCAGAACAUUUCUCGGACCCGCCGGAAAGAACAAGCUAUGCCGAUGCAUUUGCAAGCUCUCAGAAGACAAAAAGACGGCCAUCGGACGUUCGGCAAUGGUUUUGUCCAUCAGAGAGACGAACUGGGAUGAGGUUCACUGGACGUUGAGGCUAGUAGCCAGGGACGCGGCGUCAGAUAGCUGUGGUCGUGAUGAAGGAGUGAUCUCUUCUGCCACUUGA